AUGUCCGCCGAGUCCACCUGCCGAAGAUGCGACGGUCCAACGGCGAUCAAAACGCGCCAGGCAAACUUUUGCCAGCCUUGUUUCAUCACCUUUAUUCAGCAGAAACAGAGAAAGGCCAUGGAGGGAUGCAAGGUGUUGUUUGCACGACCAGGCUGUGUACUUCCUCCAGCUAUUAACAUUCUGGUGCCAAUCUCGUUUGGUCAGUCGUCACUGGCUUUGCUCGACAUGGCGCACGCCCAGCUGGAAGAACAGGCCAAGACGUAUGAAAACGCUGCAGGCUUCACUCUCAACGCCGUGUUCAUCGACUGUUCUGAAGCUGAUCCACUGGAAAAGGAGCCCAAUCAGAUCAUCAGCGAGCUGGAGAAACGGUUCGCACAUGCCAAAUUUACCUGCAUUCCGCUUUCAAAGGCUUUUGAGGGCGCUUCUUCUGUCACUCUUAAACACAACAGAGAUUACACCUCGUUCGUGUCCGGUAUAUCCGAGGAACCCACCUCUGUGCAGCAGCUGCUUUCGUGUAUCGGCACAAAAUCUGCUCGAGAAGACAUCAUUUCUGUGCUCCAACGCCAUCUCAUCAUUGAAGAAGCUAAGAAGCAAAAUGAAUCCCUUCCUACAACCGUAGCAUGGGGACACAAUGCUACCCGGUUGGCAGAACUAACUCUCAGUCUGACAAUCAAGGGGCGAGGAAACCGAAUUCACGCACAGGUGCUCGAACAUAAGAACCCCAAGGACUCCAUUUCUGGUCUCCCCGAAAUCCAUCCUCUUAACGAUGUGCUUUCCUACGAGAUUCCCUUUUACAACUCGUUCAGAAACGUGUCUGAUCUCGCUGUCGACACCGUCUCAAAGCCCUCGCAGGUGACCAAGAACCUGUCGAUAGAUCAGCUCAUGCACCAAUACUUUGAAAAUAUCCAGACAAACUUCCCCUCUAUUGCAUCGACAGUCGUGAGAACCGCUGCCAAAUUGGAUGACCCUAAUGCUGCCAAACAAGGACUCACUCCCUGCCUCAUCUGUGCAUCCCCAGUUGACCCUAACCAGUCGCUUGCAUGGCUCACAAACAUCACCGUCAAUGAGCCUGCUGCCCCCGAAACAGAAGAAGAGGAGGAGCUAAGUAAAAAGGCGCAUAUGGAAAAAUCCCAGGAAAAGACGGGUGAUGCGGAUAGACAUCUGCCAGUACCCAACCUUUGUUACGGAUGCAUCAUCACUAUUAGAGACACUGACAGCUUCACUUUUCCUAAACGAGCUUCCAAACAGGAUAUUCUCGAUGAGUUUACGCUCUAA